GGGGGGAGCUGUGGAGGAGCUACGGGGUACUUAAAGCUGGCGAGAUACUUUCACUCUCCCAGCUUUCAUCGAGUUUUUUUAUCUUCUUCCACGGUUUCAGUUUCAUUCUCUAUCACGUCUUUUACCUCAUCUCACAAUGGCUGCUUCACCCAUCCAGGACGGUGUCUUCGUCUUUGACAACACCACGCCACCCGAGCCUUCUAGUCUGCUGAGUCUUUUCUCGCUCAAGGGCAAGACGGCCAUUGUGACCGGCGCUGGCGCCGGGAUUGGUCUACAUGUCGCCCAUGGCCUGGCGGAGGCUGGCGCCAACGUGGCGUUGUGGUACAACAGCAACCCCAGCUGCAUAGAACGGGCUGCAGAGAUUGCCUCCAAGUACGGUGUUCAAGCCAAGGCUUACAAGGUCAACGUGACGGAUGCCAAUGCCGUGGCCGAUGCCGUGGACCUCGUGGUCAAGGAGUUCAAUGGUCGGCUGGAUAUCUUGAUCGCCAACGCCGGCAUUCCCUGGACUAAGGGCCCUGCGGUGGACGGCCCUCUGGAACACUACCACGAGGUGGUCGAUAUCGAUCUGAACGGCACCUACUACUGUGCCAAGGCUGCUGCUGCCCACUGGAGACGCCAGAAGGAAGAGGGCACCGACAUCAACGGCAACAAGCUCACCAACUUCACCUACGGCAGCUUCGUUGCCACCGCUUCAAUGAGCGGCCACAUUGUCAACAUCCCUCAGUUGCAGGCUGCCUACAAUGCCGCCAAGGCAGGCGUCAUUCAUCUUUGCAAAUCCUUUGCCGUCGAGUGGGUUCGGUUCGCGCGUGCGAACACCGUCUCGCCAGGCUACAUUCUCACCGAGAUCGCUAGCUUCGUCUCACAAGAUACUCACGAAAUUUGGAAGCGGAAGAUCCCCAUGGGCCGCGAGGGUCUCCCGGAGGAGCUCAAAGGGGCGUUCCUCUACCUGGCCUCGGACGCUGCCAGCUACACCACUGGCGCUGACCUUGUUGUUGACGGAGGGUACACUUUGCCUUAGCGAUUUUUUUUUCUAUAGAUUAAUGAUAGAUGAGUUAUGAAACUAGACCAUAGAGGUUAAAUCUAUUCAAUAC